GCGCUGCCAACGUUCGCGGCGCAGUCAGCUGAGCUGCAGGCUGGCUGGACGGUGGCGCCUCUGCCGGCCGGACUGCGCGACCGACGGCUGGACUUAGGCGACGUGACGCCAGCCGACCUGGCUCGGCUGACGCUCGCCCUCAACACUCCUGCGUCUGGCGUCCAGGUGGACUUUGACGACGGCCACUGCCCGACCUGGCGUAACCAGAUGCUGGGCUGGCACCACGUGAUGCUGGCAUGCAGCGGCCAGCUGUCGGCGCCGGCGCUGGAGGCGGCGCCCGUGCUCAUGAUCCGGCCCAGGGCCUGGAACAUGACAGAGUACAACGUCCUUGUCGACGGGAGUCCGGUGCCGGGCGCGCUGAUCGACUUCUGCGUACUGAUGUUCCACUGCGGCUCUCGAUUGGCUGAGGCCGGUCGAGGUCCCGCCCUCUACCUGCCCAAGCUGGAGGCGGCACUCGAGGCCAGACUCUGGGCUCAGAUUUUUUCGUCUGGACCGAGCAGAAGCUGGGCAUGGAGAGAGGAACGAUUCGGAGCCUGUCUCAUGAUUGAGAACAUCCUGGCGGCGUUCGAGGUUGAGGAGAUGCUGUAUGAGCUGCGGGACCACUCCCUGGGCCUGAACUGCGGCAUGUGGGACUAUGCCGCCUCCUUUAUCAGCAAAUUUGCUCGCAGGCCGGAGUUCGUGCUGCCGGACCGUGGGCCUCACAUCACGAUGGAGGCGCCAUUCAUGGCUGCCUACUUGCGCCACAUGAUCGAGGUGGGCCACCGUCACCAGGUGCCCGUCACGGCCGGCAUGGCGCCGCAGAUCCUGCCUGACGACCCGGAGAUGAGGAACUCGAUCAUCACGGCCGUGGUGCUCUCCAAGCGCGCAGAGAUUGAGGCUGGAGUGGACGGCUUUCUGGCGUACGACCCGAACCUUGUGCCCGCUCUGAUGCAGUUGUGGGAGUUGCAGGUCCCACGGCAGGUAGCGUCACCUGACAACUCGCAGUUGCUGACGCUGCCGAAAGGCGGCGCUACCAGCGCCGGCCUGCACGAGAACGUGUGCGUGACGCUGCUAUUCAUCCACGCGUGGCUGCACGGACGCGGCCAGUUCGCGUACCGUAGCAGGGUGGAGGACUCAGCCACCGCAGAGAUAUGCCGCUCCCAGCUCUGGCAGUGGUGUCGGCACAAGACGGUGCUGACCGACACGGGGACCCCGGUGACACUGGAGGCGAUCCUGGAGGAGGUGAAGAUAGCGGUGACGCUGCUGGAGGAGGCCGGUACCGACGUCUCGGAUGCCGUGCCGCUGCUGAAGAGCCUGAUCCGCAGCUCCGAGUUCGUGCCGUUCAUCACCACUCACCUGAGCGAGCAGACCGUCAUCCAGGAGGCAGACUGAGCCGCGGGCUGAAAGACAGGGAGUCCAGUGUCCAGUGAAAGCCACUGAGUCCAUUCAGGGGUCCUUGAUUCAACAGAUCCCAGUACAGAGGUUCGGGACUCCGCAGAGUCUGGUGAGAAGGUCCGGACCUGGCUUGCUGAACUCGAAACAAAACAGAACAGGGCCCGACUGAACUCGUGCAAAGAUCCUGGACCCGACUGAGCACAGUAUAAGGACUCAAGACUUAUCUGGCCUAGGCGAGGAGGUUCUGGCUUUCUGCUGCGCCCGGUGCAGAGGCCAAUGACCUGGAUCUUUAUUAAGCCUGAUGCAGAGGUCUCGGAAUCUCUACUGAGCCUAGUGAAGAGGACCUGGAUCUUUACUAAGCCCAGUGAAGAAAACAUUGAUCUUCACUAAGCUCAGUGCAGAGAACCUGGAUCUCUUCUGAGCCCAGCGCAGAAGUCCUGGAUCUCUCCUGAGCCCAGCGCAGAAGUCCUGGAUCUCUCCUGAGCCCAGCGCAGAAGUCCUGGAUCUCUCCUGAGCCCAGCGCAGAAGUCCUGGAUCUCUGCUGAGCACAAUGCAGAAGUCCUGGAUCUCUACUGAGCCCAGCGCAGAGGUUCUGGGUCUCUACUGAGCCCGGCACAGAGGUCCUGGACUGCGACUGGGCGGGCCGGCACAGAGGUUCAAGUAUCCAGCCCAGCCUGGCACUGAAGCUAGGACUGCGAGAGCGGCCAGUGCAGUUUUGCAGCUAGCUGUAGUGUGGUGCUUCGCUGUGACGUGCUUCGCCGCUCACGCCUCCACGCAUGCCUCUCAAAUAUAAACUGAAACAGAGUCA